CAUUAUAUUCCAAUAUGAUUAUAAAAUAUUUUAGAUAAACGUUAAACGUUAUCUUAUUUUUUACAGGCCUAGUCUUUCCACAUGAGCCUGUAAGUAAUAACCUGUGGUUACAGUUUUAUGUGAAUUGAAGAAAAAUGAUUGCGACAUCGAUUCCUUUUGCUUCUGGGACAGUCAUUUGAGGACAUCACAUGGGUUCCACUGCGGCUCGGUGUGUUUGAUGCAGUGGGAGAGAGGCGUGUCGGUCCCGUCCGGUCCAGGCGGUCCACUCUGCGCUCAUAGACUUCAUGUGAUGCCCGCAGCCGAGAGGAGGGAGCGACGGAGGCGUGGAACUAAAAUAAACACUUUUCCCCAACAUCCAGGCUGCACCAUUUGGCAUCGGACUGCAUGCGGUAAAGUGCAUGCUCCCUCACGGAUACCUCUGACCGGAGAACUGCGGACCGGAUCAUGGGAGAUGCUCAGUCUGCACAACGGGACGGCAAGAGCGAGGCAGCGGCGGAGGAGCAGAGCGCAGUGGAGGAUAGCCCAAGUGGAGAAAGCACGCAUGACAAGCUGACACAGAACAAUGGACAGGUCUCAGAGCUAAAUGGAAAGGCAGAUGGAACAUUAGCAGAUGUCAAGGAUCAAAUUGCUAAAGAAGCUGUCAUCGUGAAGAAGAAAGAGACUUCAGUGACCAAAUCGGCGCCUGAAGUCACAAAUGUCCAAAUUAUUCAAGAGGAGUUACCAAAUCCAAAUGAAGAGGAACCUAUUGAAAUAAUCAACGUGGAUGCCAAGCAAAAUGACCUGAAUGAAAGUUUUAGGAGGUUUUUCAGCAACAUCGGGUUAAAAUUGACAGUGAAAAAAGGAACAGGGGACCAAGCAGAUGAUGAGGUAGAAAAAGAGGGAACAGAAAAACUGGAUGCUGCGGUGGAAACAGUCAGUGAGACUAAAUAUGAAGAUAUUGAACAAACUACAGACUUGAAUGCAAUGCAAGAUAAUGAUUCAACCACCUGUCCUACUCUAACAGAAGGAACUUCAGAUGAUGUGGUGGCUGAAACAGUAGAAGAAAAUAUUACUGAAACAAAACAAAUGGCCGAUAAUGCUGAAGGUCAAGAAGCUAAUGUAACCAUGAACGAACAAGACGGUAACCAAAAGCAAAAUGAAACAUUUGAACAAUCUUCAGCUAACCAAGAAGAGGAGAUUGUCUCACCAAUUAAAAAGUUCUUCACAACUGGAAUAUUUGCGGGUCUAAAGAAAAAGAAGACAGAAGAAGAAGCAGAAGAUAAGGAGCUGGUUGAUAUGAGCAAAAAUGAUGCAGAUACAACAGUGAAUCAAAAAGAAACUGUGGAAACUAGUCCCACUGUUGAAGAACAAAAAGACAUUGAAUGUAAAACAGUACAAGAAAAUAUGACACAAGCAAUGGAACCACCUGAAAUUGAAGAGAGAGGUAAAUCUCCAUCAACAGAUCAAGACAGUGAAUCAGAAAUUACAAGUUCGCAAGAAAAACUUCAAUCGAGUCCAUUCAAAAGACUAUUUUCUGGGACAACGUUUAAAAGACGUUCAAAGAGACAAAAAGGAAGAAGAUCGAGUGAUAGCAGGCUGUCUGAUUCCAGUGAGCACAUUGAAAAUCAAAUUGUGGCAUCAAGUGAAAAAACAGAACAGCAAGAUGUGGUUGUAGAACCUCCCUCCUCACCUCCCCCUUCAACAACAGAACCAGAGGAAGAACUGAGCGCUUGGGAAGCAUUUAAGAAACUCAUGACACCUAAAAAAAGUUUGAAAAGGGCGUCUGUAAGCAGUGAAGAAAUCCAAGUCCAAGCUGUGGUAGAUGCAGAGGUAACAAAGCCCACCGAAGGGGAGCGGAUAUCUGAUCACAGCACAGAGGAGGAGCGGAAAAGAAAGGAUUCAUCUCAUUCAUGGGAAGCCGUUUUGUGCGGAUCAGGACGGAGGAGAAGUAGAAAAACAUCAGAUUCUGAAGAUGAGCAAAAACAAGAUGGUGGUGACGUGGAGAGUCCAAAUGAGGCAGGAGAUGUUAGGACCUCUACGCCCAAACAAGCAGAGAGUCCGUCAGACAGUGAGAGUUCAACUUGGAAAUCUUUUAAGAAACUUAUGACACCAAAAAGAAAAGUAAAAGAUGAUGAGGAAAGCAAAGAUACUGUGCAGUCAGACAGUGAAGCAACACAAGAGGAGACAUUGUUUUCCAUAAAGAAACUACUUCCAGGUCGGAAAAAGAGGAAGUCAGUAGACAAGCAGGAUCAACUCUCUUCAGAUGAAGGGGAGAAUAAGGAAGUGGUUUCAGUGGAGGAAGACUCAGAAACGCCAGCUGUUGUACCACUUUCAGAGUUUGACAAAUCUGAGACAGAAGAGGCAGCAAAGACUGAUGUGGAAAUCCAAGAUAGUGACCUGGAAUCUGAACAAGAACAUAUCCUUGAAAUUCCCAAAACAUUUGUGCAAGAAGUCCAAGAACACCAAGUCACUCCGAUAAUUCCUUUGAACCAGGAUCAAGAUGAACUCACAGAAUUCAGCAAGUAUCAACCUCUAAGUGAUAUCCCCGAAGAGGGUAACAUCACAGAAACAGUAGCUACUUCUUUGAUAGAGGACGUAGUUAAGGACGACACAAUAGCAGAAGAUAUGGUAGAGUUAACAUCAGAAGCUAUUACUGCUCCAGAGCCUGUGGAUAUCACAAUGGCUGAUGAGACAGAGGAGCUAAUGCUUUCAGCUGCAUCCCACUUAACAGAAUCCUCAAAGACAUCUGGCAAUGCAACACCAGUUCCUGUUGAAUAUGAUGUCAAGGAUACUGAAGUUUUGCUUAAGGAAGUUGUUGAGACAAUUUCUACUGCUACAAAAACUGACAUACUUUGUUCAGAAGAACCUAUCUUAGAAAGAGUUGUUGGUUCAAUCACUCAUGAAAUCUUUGAAAGAUCUGCCAAUGAAGAACAACAUGUAAUGGAAAUACAUGCACAGUCUGAUGCAGUGACAGCAGAAACAGGGUUACAAGUCGACCAACUUAGAGAUACUGAUGUCGAAAUUCCAGCGGCAGUCUUAUCAGAAAGUUUGUCAGAAUUUAAAGAUGCUAUUUCAACUGAGUAUACAUCUGAGGUUUCUAAAGUGGAAUUUGAGUCUGCAAAAGUAGAAAUUGAUGAAAUUCACACUGCACAACCAAAAACAGCUGUAAAACAAGAAAGUGUAGAUGAUAGUGAUUAUAUGAUUGAAUCCUUAUCUGAGGUCCCAGAGUCUGUACAAAUACAAUUUGAUGAAAAUGUGGUCCAAGACGUUUUACCAAAUGAGUGCCAUGAAGGAGAACCAGAGGCAGUAAGAACAGAGUCUACAGAACUAUUGUUUGAAGAAAAACUUGAAAUAGAUAACUUAGUGGGACAACAAUCAGACAUACAAGUAGAUGCACAGCUAAUUACAUCAGUGCCAGAGUUACCAAAGGGUGAAGUGGAUUCUAUAAUGGAAACAGACAAAGAGGUGGUCAUGCAGGAACAUAAAUUGUUGGGGUCUGCUCAAAUUGAGGAAACAAACCAACUAGACCAACCAGAACCCGAAGAGAUAAUAGAUGUGCUAUCACUAGAGGGCACUCCUGAGUUGGACAUAGAAGUAUCCAAAGAACCAUCAAACGAACAAGCAGUGGAGGAACUUCAAGAAGUUACAGGGACUAAUGUGGAGCUUGAAAUUGUUACAGAGGAUGAUUUUGAAAUUGUCUACAAGCACGAUGUAGAGGACACACAAGAAUCUACACUAGAAAGCCAAAACCUGACAGAAGAUGAGACUGAAGUGGUAGCAGUGCAAGAAGAAGAAAGUACGCCCAUGGCUGAUCUAGCAACUGAAGAAGAAAUUAUUGAAGAUACAUCCACAGAGACAACUGAGCAAGAAGUUAUUGGUGAGAAUGAACAGGAUAUAAUAGAGGAACAGGUUUCUGAAAUUAAUGUUGAAGCCGAUAAGGAAGACAUUUUCAUCACUGAGGCCACCGCUGAGCCAGAAAGCAGAGAAGAACCAGAUGACAGAGAUCCACAGGUUGAAGUUUCACAAGUGGAAGAUGUCACCAAUAAGUUGUUUGGAGAAACUUUUGAAGAGGAACUUGCACCUUCAAUAGACCAAGAAAUUGUGGAACAAAACAUUGAGGAAGUUUCUACAGAGACAGUCCAACAGGAUGACACUGGUGAUUUGGAAGACAAACCACUCCCCGAAGCUGCUGCAGAUGAGACUGAUGACCAUGUUGAAGUCCUUGAAACAACUGAAAGUCAACAAGAAAUGGUAGAAGAAGAGACCAAUGUAUCUAAUGGACUGGUCAUUGUAUCGUCAACUGAAGAAUGUGAAACAAUAUCCCAACUUGAUUAUACUGUAUAUGUAAAUGGUGACCAUUCAGAAGCUAAACCAUCAGAAGCCCAAAUAAUGCAACUGGACCAUAGCCAUGAAGUUGCUGAAGACCUUAAAGCCUUACCUGUUGAGCAUGUGUCAACAGUUAAUGAGGAUUCAGGCAUUGCCCAAGUUCUUGAAGACACAGUUAAUAUUGAAGAAAAUUUAGAAGUAUUUGUAUCUACUUCAGAAGAACCACUGCAUGAAGCGCAUAUUGGUGAAAUCAAGGUUAAUGUAGAGGAAGAAUUUGAGGAAGAGAUACCAUGUCCAGUGACAGAGGUUGCUGAGGUUGAGCAUGCUGCACUGCAAGAAGAAAGUACAGCUACUCUACAACAGGUGACUGCAACAAUGCCUGACCUUAUGAUCCAAAAGAGUACUGAAGACAGCGAAAAGAUUGCUGAAAAAACCUCUAUACCAUGUGUGGAUAAUGCAGAGGUCCUUGAUGUGCCUGAACAUCAGGUACAGUUUGCUGAGGUUGAACAGGUUGGUAUUCAAGGAGAAAAGGAAGAACAAAUUGUACCCCUGGAGACCACAAAUGUGGAUGUACAGCACAUGUUGGUGGCACAACAGGUUACAUGCACUUCCAAAGAUGUUGUGUCACAUGUACCUGAUGCAUCCAUUGAGACAACAACAACAGAACAUGAACCAGUUUUCGGCACGGUUGUAAGUGAGCAUGAAGAAAAUGAAGCCAUUGAAACAACAACACCCUUAGAAGUAAAUAACACUCCCCAAGUGGCAAAGGAAAGUACAGCUGUUGUUCUAAUGCAUGUGCCAGGAUUAGAAUUUGAAGAUAAUCAUCAAGUCCAAGUACAAGUGGUCAAUGUGGAUAUCCAGUCUGCAGAGGCAGGAGUGGAUACUGCCCUGGAAAUUGGUGUUCAAGAGGACAAAGAAGUUGUGGAUACUUGCUACGAAACAGUUGAAAGAUUGGGCAGUUAUUCAGCUACCUCAAAUAUUGAACAAGAGAUAAUGAGCGAAAAGGACAAAGUGGCUAUUCAAGAAGUUGUUCAACAUGUAAAAGAACUGGUCCCUGAAUCAGAGGAGGAACCAGAAGAUAAAGAACUACCAGUUGAUUUAGUUCAGAGUAAAUUAAGUGAAGAUCAGAAAAUGAUUGAGUCACAUGAUGAAAAGGCUGAUGUUAUACUAGACUCUGCAAUGACAACUAAAGAGCAAGGGCUUACUAAAAUGGAUGACGAUGACAAAGAUGUUCAAAAACAACCAUCCGUACAAAGCCAGAUUUCAACUUCAGAUAACACAGCAGUUGCAGUGCCUCAAAAUACAGGGGUCAUCUCAUCUGUUGGUAACAUAGAUGCCCCGUCAAGUCUUUCUUUAGAGUUCAAGCUAAAUAUACAAUUUGGACAGAGUAGAGCACCUGCAUUACCAUCACCACUCACUCACAUCACGACUGAACAAACUAUAUCCAGCCCCCCACAAGCACCAGCAACAGCGCCCCCUGUCGACAGAAAUGAGUUUACAAAAAAUACAGAAAUGUCUGAAGUUGGGGUCCAAGUGGUAGAGGAAGAAACCAAGCAAGAAAAUGAUGCGCAGCGAUCUGAAAUUUUAAUGUCAGAGGCGGCAGUCCAAGCCACUGAGACAAUUGAAGAACCAGAUAUAAAAGACACUUAAAAUGAAGAGUCAAUGGAUGUUGGAAUACAGGGUGCUGAAACUGAAGAACUGAUUAAUGACAUAACACCUAUCGAGAUUACCAAAAACAAAACUGUUUUGAUGGAUGUCAGCACCCAGUCCACAGAAAUAUCUGAGCAAAAUGAAGAAGUCAAAACAGAAGAAAUUGCAUUAGCUGACAAUCAACCAGUGUUGAUUGAUGCUGGUACCCAAUCCAUGCACCAAGAAGAGAUCUAUGACAACAUUAAAACAACAAAAGAGGAGAUUUCUAUUAUGCAAAUAGCUGAAACAGUGCAACCAGAACAAGACACUGAGGAAAAAAGAGUUGUACUAACUGAGCUGGUUGUUCUUCAAGUUUCUGAGUAUCAGAGCAAACAAACAGAAGAUGAAGACGAGAACCAAGACAUAUGGAUGGACGCAGAAGAAGAUAUCAAUGCUCAAGAACAAACAAUAGUGCCCCAAUGUGAGAUUGAGGAAUCUUUUGAAAGUCAACCAGAUUAUUUCCAAGAAACACAAACUGAUUUUGAACAAAGUCUAGAAGACAUAAAGAAAAUUGCUCUCAAGUGUGACAUUGACAGUGAGGGAGAAGAUUUUGCAGUUGCACUUGAAGAUCCCCAAAUUGAAACAGCAGUUACUACAACUGAAUGGGAUUAAAUCAGCUAUCAACAGGUUUCGUGAAUCAUCAAGGAAAACACACAUUAAUAGCGAAGCCUUAAAAUCUGGAAGAUACACAACGGGAAUUAACCAAUCAACUCUGAUGAUCACUGUGGCUCAGACUGCAGCUUCUCUGCUAUCUUGCACAUUAUACAUACAGUCCCAGUUCUGAAGGUGAUGAAAAUGCCAGUCCAAGAUUAAAUAUUUACUCCCAAAUAUAAUCUAUUUAAUUUAAUUAUGUGGCAAAUCAAAAUUAGCCUUGACUAGAGCUUGGCUGGACAGAACAACAGAAUAUGUCAGUUUCCUUGAAUUUUAGUUAUGUUACAUAUAAUAAGACUUUAAUUGGAAACGUUAACAGGAAAAAGCUCUCAGGGGGACAAAGUUUGACACUGUACUACACCCUUCAUGCUGUGGCCUCCUUUUUAUUAUUAUUUAACUGCUUUUGCAUAGAAAAAUGCACCAUUGCUGCAGUCUUACAAGCAGUUUGUGGGUAAAUAAAUUUUAUUUUACAGAAACUACAUACUCACAUCAGAUAUGCCUUACAUUAUGGCCAGUGACCACAAACCUUUACCAUUAUAAUUCGUGUAACUCUUUCAGAUCAUCUAACUCUUGUGCUCUUUCAUUUUUCUUUUGCCUUUUACCUUUCAUUAAUACAACAAAAUAUCACUAUAUGAACUUCACUGUGUUCCAUUCACAUUGUGUCAGUGGUCAUAAUGUAAUGCCUAAUUGGUAUAAAUCUGUAUUUCUUGACAUAAUUAUGCAUUCUAGCAAUGACUACUUUUGUAGAUAUCUAACAUUAUACCUGUCUAUACAGAAUUACAAACACGGAUAAUAUUCAAAAUACACUGAAGUAGACAACUGUAUAUUUAAAUGUACAUUACUGCUUUGCUGCAUAUUCUAAAACGCACCUUUUGCUCUUAAGACAUUUUCUACAUUUUUAACCAUUCGGCAGUAUAUAUAAUAAAAUAUAUAUAUAUGCAGAAUCUAUUGUAACCACAGAAUAUUUACAAAGCCUUAACAAAAAAAUAUUAUGCUUUGUUUUGUAUAGUUCAAUACUGGGUCAAAUUCAUCAACAGCAUUUUCUGAAAAACUAAAAUACACAGAACAAGCCUUACUCCAUAUGACAAAGGUUUAUUGAUGAAAUGUUUUUCUUUCAAUAAAUGACAUUAUAUUGUAA